AUGCCACCUCGCCAGCGUCGUCCUGUGGACGCCUCCGACUCGGACGAUUCCUUUUCGCCUAGCGAUGACGAUAUCAGCGAGGACACCUCCAGUGCCAACGAGGACGUCUUUGACAUGAACGAAGAUGAAGACGGCUCGGAUACCGACGCGACAGACGUCGAAGACGUCGAAGAUCAGAUCAAGCUGUUUGGCGGGAAUCUCCACCCGCCCGAGUACUGGCGCAAGGCGGUGGAGGACAUGAACGAGAGCGAAUGGGAAUGUCAAGAUUACAGCCCUUCGACAACGGCGUUACUAGACAACGUUGAGGAGCAAUGGCGCUUAUAUUGCGAAGUCCUUGACCGUCACCCUCGGCGUUGCUACGAGACGCUCUCGAUCACACUCCUCAAAAACUUCUUCGACUGGUACCUCAGCCAGAAAGUCGGCAAAGACGGGAGGAAGAGGAGCGGUAUCAAGAAGAAAAGCUCUUUGGCAACAUACUGGAAGAUCUUUAGACUUGUGUUUGAGAGGGCUAUGGGUGAGAGGAUAGCUUCCAAGCUGGGUCGCAGCAUGCGCACGGUUAUCGGACAGCUGGCCAAGAAGCACGGCCUGAACGACCAGGCGCGGGCCAACCGUAUCAUGACAAUCGACCAACUGAAGCAGCACAUUGAAGAAACGCUAAGCACAACACGGAAGAUGUUCGGGGUGGGAGAAGUGCGCCUCCUUGCUGUGCUCUUUGUCCUGUUGGUUGCUCCGGCCGGCGCUCGCCGGAAAGCUAUUACGAGGCUUCGUUUCGGGGACAUACGCGUUGUUCUGGCGAGAGAUCCAGAUGGCGGACCGCAUAAGCUUCUCAUUCGAUUCACUCCAAAGUUCACAAAGGAAUACCUUGGAGCUAAAGCUCAGAACACCUACCCGAUCCCCGAAACUAUGUUUGAUCCCUCCUUACUGCUCAGCCCACACGUCUUUCUUCUAGGCAUCCUCUUUCGCCACCGGGCCUUUCGUGCACCCAGCCUCACCUCGCCGGAUCAGCUGAAAAAGCUUGACAUUUGCCCCGGCGAGCUCGAGUUGCCUUUGCCGCUGCGGGAGGACUUAGACGACACCUACAUUUUCCGUCGCGCUAUUUUAACGACCACAGGCUAUGUACUAUCCACUAACGAACCCAUUUCCGAGGCUAUGAUGGGUGCCUGGUUCAAGAGAAUCGGGGAGCUUCUUGGGUUGGAAUACCCCACCAUACUGUACAGCCUGCGCUACAACGCAGCGAACGAGUUUGAUCAAAGCGCCGAUGUCAGCGAGGCACUCCGAAACCUUGUCUUGGGUCACGCCAGCUCCGAACCGUUUCGACAUCACUAUCUUGGACGUGAAAUUGGCGCCGACCUUUGGGGCAUCCUGCGCGGCCAAAAGCCGCAACAGGCGCUGAUCAAGCAGUCUGGCAGCAUUGGUCACUCCAUCAGCAAACGUCGCCCAACUGACCUCACGCAAGAGCAGUCUGCAUCCAUCGCCACUCAUCCUACCAUCCGAAGAUUGACGAUGGCCCUUCGACGACUACCUCGAGGCUCCAAAGCAUACAGGGAUGCUAAACGAGAGAUAAAUAACGAAAAGCAGAGACUAAGGAGAGAGCUCAAGCAGAGUAUCAUACACGGAUGGACUGACAACCAGGCCGUUGACGACAUCGAGCGCCAAUUACGAGGCGAUGGUUUCACCAAGCCUGCAGUAGCGAACACCUGUCGUCCACAGGGACCGGCACAAAAGCUCUUGGUCAUAGCGCUCACUGCUCCGCUCAUCGCCACACUCGAAGACCAGUACCAACGGAGAGACAACGCCAUCGACGCAGUAUCCGUGUACUGUCUUGUCCAGGAAGGAUGCACCAUGCGCCGUCCUCGGCCUCUGUCGAAGAACUCGCCCUCUACGCCGCCUUCCCAUGGCUCAGAAGGCAGCCCCCUUUAUCUUGCCACGCUAUCUAUCUACGCCAGAAAUACGACAGAGAGGCCAAAAAGAUGCUUUGUAUGCAUUGGCCAGGCCCAUAGCCUCCCCCCGAAUGAUCCUCGGGUGGAUGAUCUCAUCCAGGAGUUCUACUCAUCCAACGACCUAACUAGACACUUUAAACGUAAGCACUUGUCCAAGAUGAAAGACCAUGACAAGACAGAGUGUAAGGUGUGUAAGAUGCCGCUUGAACACAAGAUGCACCUUCAAAACCAUGCCUUUACGACCCACGGCACUGUUUCUUGA